AUGGCCUCGAAUCCGGUCGUGCUACCCAGCGACGUCCUCGCGGAGGUCCUCCGGCGCCUCGUGCCGCACACCCUAGCCGCGGCCCGGCUGGUCUGCAGAGCAUGGCGCGACACCGUCGACGCCCGCCUGCGUGGCCACCUGCUCUCGCACUCGGUGCGCGGGAUCUUCAUCAACUUCACCCGGCUUAGAUUCUCAGAGUUCUUCUCCCGUCCCAUGACUGGUCCGGCGAUCUCUGGAGGGCUCGACUUCUUGCCCUGCAUGGGCGUCACGGUCACGGACCAUUGCAACGGGCUAUUGCUUUGCCGGGGUCUGAGACACGAGUGUGACGAUGCACUGCCGCGCGAUUAUGUCGUGAACCCGGCGACGCGUCGGUGGGCACGCCUGCCCCAACGUCCUGGGUCAAACGUGUUGGGAUUCGAUCAAAGUGCCUACCUCGUGUUCGAACCGACCAUGUCGACACACUAUCAGGUAUUUUUGGUUCCAUGUGUGCUAGCUGCCGGUGAAUCGCACAGCGACCAUGAUGAUGCGUUGCUUGAACCGGAGUGGCCUCCGGACUUAUAUGUCAUCCAUGUGUUCUCAUCGGCGACUCAGCAGUGGGACAAGAGGAUCUUCGUUCGAGAAGGGGAGGCUGCAGGGCUCGUCCGCAACAUGCAUUCGGAUUUGUGGUAUAACCUAUAUCAUUAUCAUGCCGUCUACUCGCGAAGCACGCUCUACAUCCAUUGCGAGCAUGGCUAUCUCAUGAGAAUGUGUUUGUCAGAUGACACAUACAGAGUAAUUAAACUACCAGGUGUCAGUGAACUUCCACUAAAAGGAUAUCCUGAGCACCAUUUGGGUAGAUCACUGAGAGGGGUGUAUUGUGCAGUAUCUCAUAAGAGGAGUCCGCUUCUUCAGGUUUGGCAUCUCAAUGAAUCGUGCAGUCAAAUAGAGUGGGUGCUAAACCAUGAUACCACUCUUAAGACCUUUGAACAUGAGGACUAUGCUCAACAAAUGGGUAGACAAUGGAUCUUACAUGAUGUUAACUACUGUAAGUCGUUGCCUGAGUUGGAAGAGAAAUAUGAAUGGAACUCCGACGAGGAUAACAUUCUUGACAGUGAAUAUGAUGUUGAAGAGGAUAACGUUCUUGAAGAGGGAUAUGAAGGAAAUUAUUAUUUCCUUGGGUUUCAUCCUUAUAAAGAGAUUGUCUUCUUAAUUUCAUCAAGGAGAAAAACAAGAGUAUUGGCAUAUGAUCGCAACAGCUCGAAAUGUCAAGACAUGGGCAAUGUGUGUUCAGCAUAUUACAACCCGGUCUGCGGACUACCAUUUGGGGAGAUGGACUCAGCUUUCCCGUAUACGCCUUGUUGGAUAGGCGUGUUUCCUGGAAACGAAUUAGAAUCGCUAUUUGAAGAUAAGGAGCUUCAUAGGAAAAAGUCGGAAUUGGAAGAGGAAUCCAACCUUUCAUGCAUGGCCGUGUACGAGAUGCGCAAGUUCUGUGGGCGCGCCCAGAGGUUCAAGGACUCUACCACCAAGAUUGGUCGCAGACGGCACUAG